AUGAUUUUUACACCAGAAUCGACGCCCAUACGGUCCUUGGCGCCCUUGGUGAGUCAACCAAAACAACAGACGAAAAUCCUUCCCCAUGGGACCCAGCCCGCUACCCCUGCCCCAGAGACCCCGCCAGAGGCAACUGCAAGAAGCCGGCACAGCCUUCAAGAGGUGCAGGAAAUCAUCGAAGGGAUGCAAACUAGACACCGGUAUCUCAGCGAGGCCCAUGCCGCCAUCUAUGGCUUGGGCCCUCAGAUGGAUUCCUACCACGAGCUAUACAUGGACGCCAUCCAACGGUUUAUCACCUGGAACCAAAGAAGGAUCAUGGAAGCCAAAGCCGCCGGGAGGACCUUCGUCACUGGCCCCAUCGAUGUAUCGCCGGAAACUUGGCGGCCCCCCUCGAAAUCCUCUGCCGCCUCCGAGUCGCCGACUGCAAUUUGCAGAAGGACCCCGCCUCCGGCCCUCGACGCCGACUUGAUUUGGGACACUUUGCGACGACCUCAAAACCUGAAGGCGUUCCCGACUUUUAUACUCAACCCCACCACCCGAUUCUCACUUGUUGAAGAUGAAGAGGACAACGGCCAUCCCCCCCAACAACACCACUCCGCAAAGCGUCCCCUUUCUUUUCCUGUUGCGCAGGUCAAAAGAAUCAAAUUCAACGAUGAUUCCUCCGACUCCGACACUUCUGGCAGCUUGCCGGACACCUCCAGGGAAUCGACCCCUGAGCAAACUGAGGAUGCAUCAGCGUCGCAUGUAAGAAAUCCAGCUGUUGCUGCCUCCGCCACCUCUGCUGACUCCGGCCCUUCCCCUUCCUCCUUUGAGCAGGCUGGCGGGAAUGUCUUGGCCCCUGCAGAGGGGCCGGCAGCGACGUCCGCCGACUUCGGCCGAGCGCCUUCGACCGGCCAGAAUGACCUGGCCCCAGAAGAGGGGCCUGCGGCCCCAGCCACGACCGCCGAUUCCGGCCCUGUGCCUGCCUCCGCCGACUCUGGCCCAGCGCCUCCCUCCUCCGACUCCGUCCCUGUGCCCUCCUCCUGCGAGCAGACAGGCCAGAACGACUUGGCCCCAGAAGACGGGCCUGCAGCCCCAGCCUCGUCCACCAAAUCUGCCGCUGCGCUUGCCUCCGCUGGCUCUGGUCCAGCGCCUUCCCCCGCCGACUCCGGCCCUGUGCCCUCCUCUCGCGAGCAGACAGGCCAGAACGACUUGGCCCCAGAAGACGGGCCUGCAGCCCCAGCCUUGUCCAUCGAUUCUGCUCCAGCGCCUUCCCCCGCCGACUCUGGCCCAGCGCCUUCCCCCGCCGACUCUGGCCCCUUCCCCUCCUCCUGCGAGCAGACAGGCCAGAACGACUUCUCCCCAGAAGAGGGGCCUGCAACCCCAGCCUCGUCCAUCGAUUCUGCCCCUGCGCCUGCCCCCGCCGACUCUGGCCCAGCGCCUCCCUCCUCCGACUCCGGCCCUGUGCCCUCCUCCUGCGAGCAGACAGGCCAGAACGACUUGGCCCCAGAAGAGGGGCCUGCAGCCCCAGCCUUGUCCACCAAAUCUGCCGCUGCGCUUGCCUCCGCCGGCUCUGGCCCAGCGCCUUCCCCCGCCGACUCCGGCCCCGUGCCCUCCUCCUUUGAGCAGCCAGGCCAGAAAGACUUGGCCCCAGAAGAGGGGCCUGCAGCCCCAGCCUUGUCCAUCGAUUCUGCCCCUGCGCUUGCCCCCGCCGACUCUGGCCCAGUGCCUUCCCUCGCCGACUCUGGCCCAGCACUUUCCCCCGCCGACUCUGGCCCAGCGUCUUCCCUCGCCGACUCUGGCCCAGCGCUUUCCCCCGCCGACUCUGGCCCAGCACCUUCCCUCGCCGACUCUGGCCCUACAGGCCAGAACAACUUGGCCCCAGAAGAGGGGCCUGCAGCCUCAGCCUCGUCCAUCGAUUCUGCCCCUGCGCCUACCCCCGCCGACUCUGGCGCAGCGCCUUCCCCCGCCGACUCUGGCCCCGUGCCCUCCUCCUCCCCAGCCUCGUCCACCGAUUCUGCCGCUGCGCCUGCCCCCGCCGACUCUAGCCCAGCGCCUCCCUCCUCCGACUCCGGCCCUACAGGCCAGAAGGACUUUGCCCCAGAAGAGGGGCCUGCGGCCCCAGCCACAACCGCCGAUUCCGGCCCUGCGCCUGCCCCCGCCGACUCUGGCCCAGCACGUCCCUCCUCCGACUCCGGCACUGUGCCCUCCUCCUUCAAGCAGACAGGCUGGAAGGACUUCCCCCCAGAAGAGGGGCCUGCGGCCCCAGCCUCGUCCGCCGAUUCCGGCCCUGCGCCUGCCCCAGCCUCGUCCACCGAUUCUGCCGCUGCGCCUGCCCCCGCCGACUCUAGCCCAGCGCCUCCCUCCUCCGACUCCGGCCCUCAGACAGGCCAGAGGGACUUUGCCCCAGAAGAGGGGCCCGCGGCCCCAGCCUUGUCCGCCGAUUCUGCCGCUGCGCCUGCCUCCGCCGGCUCUGGCCCAGCGCCUUCCCCCGCCGACUCCGGCCCUGUGCCCUCCUCCUCCGAGCAGACAGGCCAGAAGGACUUUGCCCCAGAAGAGGGGCCUGCGGCCCCAGCCUUGUCCGCCAAUUCCGGCCCUGCGCCUGCCCCCGCCUCCUUCGAGCAGGCCCGCCAGAACGACUUGGCCCCAGAAGAGGGGCCUGCGCCUGCCUCCAACCUGGCCCGUGAAGAGACAGCUUCCUCUGGCAGGCCAAUCCGACAGGCCGCAGUCAACGCAGCCAAGCUUACAGGACAACUGACCGGAUCCUCCCACGCCUCCAAGGGCACGAAGCGCUCCCGCCCAAGCGCAAGUGCGAACAAAGGCGCAGAUCACGACAGCGAUUCCGACUCGGAAGAGGAGGACAUUCGAUUGGACAACCGCACUCCUCUGUACACAGGGCCCAUUGACCUCACAAAAUUGAUCAGGCCAAAAUCUCUGCACCACGGGGCGUACUACGCCGAACUCAACAACAUCCUUUCAGUUCCUCGACCAAACCCAGGCCUUCACCUCUACGGAAUGAUGCAUAUAGUCAUGCUUGAACUCCGGCAAAACCGCGAACAGGACAACAACACCUCACUCAGUCUGCUCCCCCCUGAAAACCCCAAACUCCGGUCCGUUCUGGCGGUGGAGCGCCCCUGCUGGGCAGAGUUAACUGCUGAAAUCCACACACCGGACUUUCUCCACAUCAUCAAUAAUUGCACCCGGCUUUUCCAGAUGCCAUGCCCUCACCCGUUCCUCAACCAGGACCACGUCCGGCUCGAGGUGCUGGCGCAUGGGAUCGACGAACUUUCGUACAAUUCAAGAGCGGGUGGCUGGUGCGCUCUUCAGCAAAUGAUGUGCCGUUCUUUUCCCGGACUGCCCCACCACAAUCACGACUUCAAGCAAGUUCUUUCGGACGGCGUCAGGCGACUCCACCAGAUAAUCAUGGACAGCAGCCUCAAGGUCAAACCGAUGGAGGGCAAACUCCCCACACCCAAACCCAUCGACACUGCUCAAGAGAAGGAGACCCAAGGCUUAGGGCGAGUCACAGCCUGGUUGAGUGCUCGGGUCGAUGCGGCGCACGCGGGCAGCGUUCAACUCAAACCUCACAGGGCACACAAGGACAGCCUCAACUUUCUCGUCCAGCGCUGUUGGGAGAUGCUCCUUGGCAUAGCCCUCAUGUAUGACGCUAUGGAUCAAGAAAGGCGGGUACGUGCAAAGCAAGACGGACAAAUCGCUGGCAAUGCUAAGAUCCGUAAGGCAAUUGUCGAAAACAAGGACACUGUUGCUAGCGACACUUUGUACUGGUACGAAAAACGACUCAGGAGCUUCUCCGCUGUCACACUGUUCCUCAAUUUUGGUGUGGCAGGUUGGUUUCACUGCCACACUAACCGGCGAAAGUUCAACAACAAGGACAUCGCCUCGCUAUUCGCACUUUGCCACGAAAUGGCACUCAACCACGUUACAAUUCAAACACCUCUGGACCACGUCACCGGCAGUAUGAAGCGCCCAAAGUUCACUCCCAUCCACUGCAGCUGGGAAAGAACGAACGAUUUCCUCAUCGAUCUUCUCCUCAACAACCAAGUCGGCCACUCAACCCUUGACUGGUGGGCAGCAGCACAGGUCUGGGACCAGAACCUUACAGAGGAGAAGCUGGCGCCCCUCAUCAUGAAGGAUUUCUUCACUGAGAUCCUGAAUCGAGGCGAUACGAUGUCGGCAACAGGCGAUCAAAGACCACCGCCAGUAAUUCAACCGCAGUACUUCCUUGAAUGGCAAGGGAAAGUGAAGAAACUCUUCAUUAGUCAGUCUCGGCAGUCCCGACACUACGAUCGAUCAAUGAGGGAGUUGAACAUCACAGAGGCAAGAUGUCACGGUUCGGAUUCGAGUGCCAGCAGUAGUGAUGGCACUGGAAGCUCCUCCUCAGACUCCAGCAGUGAAGAAGAAGAAGAGGUGGAUCAGCAAAGAGGGGGGCCAGGGGGAGGUGGACCUCCUGAUGGUUCAGAUGAGGAUGAUGAGGAUGCACCUGGAUCAGAUGAUGAUGGAGAAGUAGUUUAA